AAUAGCUGUGCCUAUUUCCUAAUCGACCCUUGGACCUCGCGCCCCCGUAAGCCCUGCACAGAUGCUCUCGGCAGGGCGCCCUGCCUGCCCACCCCAAGCUGGGGGAGCAUGUGCCCCAGGGCGGUCUGUGCCUCUGGAUCCCACUCUCCGUCUCCCCUCCUGGUUUCACACCGUCUCACAGAACUUCAUCACUCAACACAGUUAGAGGCACAGUGCAGGCACCCAGUGGACCCCUGGUUAUAUCCAGCAGAAGGCUUUAUUCCCCGGGAGUAAGUGUGAAUCAGGUGACCCAGCGGAACAGGUACAAGCCCUGCGUUCCAUUAGUCAGGACUUUUUGUUUGAUGUCAUUUUCAGAAACUGAUGGUUUCCAGUGCACUGACCAGUGAGCCCCGGCUAUACUCCUGGCGGCAGCCUCUGUCGCCCUGCAGGCUGUGUCCCUCUCGCUUCAGAGUCUUCACACCUGCCUGGAUGUCAGCGACUUCCCCAUUUUAUCCAGCCUCCCCCUGAUCAUCCCUCACAUUCUACCUGAAUGUCGUUUUCAGGAAAGCCUUCCUGCCUGAACCAACCUAGAGCUGCCCCCUUGUGUUCUCUUAAAGCUCUCUAUUCUUAUCACAGGUGUUAUUUUUUUCUUUUUUCGCCACACCAUGCAGCAUGCAGGAUCUUAGUUCCCCAGCCAGGGGUCGAACCCGUGCCUUCUGUAUUGGGAGCAUGCAGUCUUAACCACUGGACCACUAGGGAAGUCCCCUUAGCACAAUUUUAAUGAAAUAAAUGAUACUCUUAAUUAACUCAGGCAUUGCACACUCAGGUGAAGUCAAUGAACGUAACUGAGGCGAUAGGGAGUGGUGGGGACUGCGGAGAAAACAUGGCCACCUAGAGGGGCGGUUGCUGCUCAGCUCCAGCAGAGAGGGGCCCCUGUGUUACCAGAUGGUCCAUGCUUUUCAAAGGAAACUUAGUUUCCUUUGAAAUCUGGCCUUUUUAAGUGAAGCCCUCCCCCCACCGACAUUUAAAUAUUGGCAAAUAAUCAUUUUCAGAAACAAUGUAGGCCAAAGUACCUCAGUGGCUCUUAGUCUAUAGCCUCUGUUUUUUUGGUUGGUUUUUUUUUUUUUUAGCCUCUGGUUUAAUAUCCUUCUUUCCCACUAGGCUCUCAGCUCCACAGGGGCACAUUCCCGGGCUGCUCUGCUCACCACAGCGUCUGCAGUUAUCAAAUAGAAAAACAAAAAUAGAUGGACUCUCCCAGUAGAGCAUGAGGGUCAGAAAGAACAUACUGGCAAGGAGAUGGCCUUCGGUCACCCCCCCACCUCUCUUUUUAUUGCCCGCUGGAAAUUUCGCCAUUUCCCUUUAAGCCCUACUCCCAGGUGACCCCUGCGAGCCUCUUUAUCCUCCGCCCUGAAGUCAUCACAAUGGCCCGAGCUGGUUCUGGCUCAGGGCCUCUGUGACAUCACCAACCGCCCAGCCCAGCCCUGGUCCCCAGUCUCUGGGUGUAAGGGCAGACCAACACACCAUGAGCCACUUUGUCCCCCAUCUCUGCCCACCAUGCGGACGCUGAAAUGGUUCUUGUUCUUUCCUCUGUGCCUCUCCUGCGGCUAUGCCUUUAUGUUUUCUUCUCGGAGAACGGAAGUCAGAGAACCCCAAGGGAAGGUGCCUUGCGGAGGGCACUUUCGAAUUCGGCAGAAUCUCCCAGAGCAUGCCCAAGGCUGGCUUGGGAGCAAGUGGCUCUGGCUUAUUUUUGUUGUCGCGCUGUAUGUGAUGCUAAAGUUUCGAGGAGAUAGUGAGAAGGGUAAGGAGCAGAAGACUCCUCCUGCCCUUCGAGGCUGUUCAUUUCGCUCUCCAGUAAAGAAAAAUCAAAAUGCUUCCCCCAACAAAGACUAUGCAUUCAAUACCUUAACCCAGCUCGAGAUGGACCUUGUGAAAUUCAUGUCCAAGGUGCAGAAUCUGAAAGCCGCCAUGGCAACCGGCGGUAACCUCAAGCUUCAGAACUCAGAGGUGCCUGCAGACCCACACAAUAAUAUUACAAUAUAUGAGAUAUGGAGCGAAGAAGACUCCGAGUGACGGUUCGUGUGUCACAGUAGGAGAGAAAAAUUUGAGUGUUGACAAACCGUAUGCAAACUAAUAAAACUAUU